AUGAGGAAACGUGACGAGCUGAAGUACAUCAGGAGAUGUCGCCUCGCCAUCAUCAGCAUCGGCGGAGUCGGCAAGUCUUUGGCGCACUUGCUGAAGAUAUAUCCGGGCGGUCUGACGGAGCUGUGGCUUUGCAAUCGAAGCGAUCCCGAAGGAAUCGUCGAGGAGCUUGCAGUGAUAGAUUUCUCCGUUAAUGCCGCGAUCUGCAGAGACGUGAUUAACAUCUGCGCGGACAUGUGUCCCGAUGCUCUGAUAGCCAUAAUAACGAACCCUCUGGACUCGUUGGUGCCAGUCGCGGCGGGAGUCUCAAAGAAGCGCGGGGUAUAUCGGCCUGAGAGGCUCUUCGGCAUCUGUCAGAUCGACCAGAUGAGAGCGGAGCGUUUCUACGCCGAGGCUAUUGAUCAGGAACCGAAAAAGGUUUACGUGCCUGUCGUGGGUGGUCACUCGGAGACCACCACGGUACCUUUGUUCUCCAAAGCGAGAUCGAACCGUCAAGGAGACCAUGACCUUGAUUAA